GCUGAUUUACAUGAAAAGCUCGCCAGUCUCGCAGAGAAAAGGAUUGGAUCCACUAUACUUAUGUGACCAUUAUCCAUAUGUUGUGAUUGGCCCACUGAGGCGUCGCUCUGUUUCCUCCGAUGGCAAAAAUAUCCGCUUCAGCACUUUGGUUGAGUCACAGAGUGGUCGAGUACGCUGGACAGCACUGCAGAAAUGGUAUGCAAGACAUCCAGUAGACUAGGGAGUUGUUGAAAAACAAAAUAUCUAAAAAGAAAUGUGAGCAAAAGUGAACAAAUGGCAUGUGGUCUCGGUAAGAUGCACAGCUGAGGAAGCGCUACCAUGGAAACAAAUGAUGCACCUGUGCAAUACGACGAUAGAGCUGAGGCUUGCGUGGUCUCUGUGAAAGGCUUAACUGAGAACUGGCAAAAGUGGUCUACCGAACACCAGCAAUACCAAAAACACAAUCCUUUUAGCAAUGACAUGGCUACUGUGUCCAUGCAACUCCACCGUGGCCAAGAGGGCUAUGGGAAACCACCAGAGGGUUCCAAGACGGAACAGAGAGGCAAAGACGCGCAGUCUCACAUCUGCAGAGAGGUGGAGGAACUGUGUGCAGUGAUCAAGGAAAUUGGCCGCCCCCGUGAAGAGGACGGGAAGAUUACGGUGGAGUUUGGAACGCUGUUUGAGCAUUAUGUUUCCAUCUCAAAUAAAUUAGUUGGCGUCCUCCUGCGCGCACGAAGACAAGGGUUGGUCCUCUUCGAGGGGGAGAUGCUUUGGCAAGGACAAGACAACCGCGUAAUCAUUACACUUAUUUAAUGAAUACGAAAAACUGAAUAUGUAUUGCCUAAAGCGGUCAAAAGCACAAGUUAUUCUGAUUUGAGGAAUUUCACGUUUACAUCUCAUAGAUGAAUAGAAGUGAUAGCAAUGAAACACGUCCAGUACGGACAGCACAGGCCGUAGCAAAAUGCUUGAAUAAUGAAACGCUUAAGUAUUAAGAUAGCAGAACAGGCUAUAUAUGUCAAAUAUGGUGCUUAAGGGCAGUGUUCAAUGGGAACAUUUCUGAAUAUUUUUGAGAACUCUUCCAUACAUCGCCAACAUUGUUGUAGUGGUAGUAAUGAGUUAAUGUUUGAGUUGUCAUCAUUGUCUAACUGAUCUGGAAUAAGGGAAUUCAUUAACCAUGUCUAUAAUACAGCAUAGUUUGUAUUGUUCUUACUCUGUGGACUCAUUGCAUUGCCAAAUCUCUAAUGGGGAAAUUCCACACUGCAUCCAGUUAUUGCAAUAUUAGCAGAUACUAAACCAUAAGUGUGAAUAUAAGAUGGUGUGUAUACUCAGGUGGGAUUAUGCAUUCUCUUUUUCUCUCUCAAGUUGUCUGAUUAAAAUAAACUUGUUAAACUUAA